AUGGGUAUUUGCAUUUCCUGUUUAAGGAGCUAUGAUGAAGAUACAGAUCAGGGUGUGGAUGAAAACUCCCCUUUGUUAGGAGACAAUGAGCAACAACAAAUUCAGGCUGAGGAGGAGCUCCAGCUGGAACUUCGCAAUAAGGAGUUGAACAGUAUUCUCAAUUCAGCCAAUGAUCAUCUUAUAGAUUUGGGAACAUUUAUGCAGUCGAAUCAAUUACAACCAUUUCCUGGAAUUUCGGCAUCUGGUCUUUCUUCGGAGCAGCAGCAGCCGCAACCUACUCAAGAUAUGACUAUGUCAAGCAUGAGUCAUAUGACCACAGGUACAGGCAAUGGUACUACUGCCGGUACUACUAAUGGAGACUUCAUAAAAAUGGAGCCGGUUGAUCAAGGUGAAGUGGAGAAAGAGGUCCAGCGUGAUUUAGACAAUUUAAAUGAGGCUUUAGGACCUGACAGGAUGGAUAAGCUCACCUCCAUUGACACCUCUUCCGUGGGACCACUUUUAGUUGCUUUAGAAUAG